AUGGAGCGCGUCUCGGUCGGCACCACGGGCUGGGCGGGCCUGCACCCCAAGGAGUACUCGCGGCGCUACGACGUGGUAGAGUUCAAUUGGACGUUCCACGAGCGCGACGGGACCCCCGAGCAGUUCCGACGCGUUGCCGCGGAGCUCAAGGAGCUGAAGCUCUUGGCGGUGCUAAAGGUAUCCGGGGUGGCUACGCACGAGAAUCGCUUGCGAUCGCCGCAGGAGUGGUGGCCGGCGCUGUGGGCCAGGUACUCGGAGCUCCACAAGGCGGGCGUGCUCGGGGGGCUGCUCUGGCAGCUGCCCCCGAGCUACCGCUGCUCGGCGCGCACCCUGCAGGAGCUGGAGGCCCUCGCGCCGUGGCUGCCCCGCGACGUGGCGCACGCCUUCGAGUUCCGGCACAGCUCCUGGCACGGGAGCCCCCCGGCGCUGGCCUGCCUCCGGAGGCACCGCUUCUGCUUGGCGUGGAUCCACACCGCCAACGAAGACGGCUGGUGCGGCGACCUCGCGUCCGGCUGGGCCAGCCAGGAUCGGACGUGCCCGUCCCUGUACCUCAGGCUCUUCGGCACGAAGAGCAAGGCAGUGGGGCGGUAUUCGGAGCAGUUCCUGCGGGAGCAGCUGGUACCCCAGCUGCGCGGCGCCAACGGCCCACAAGAGGCCUUCGUGGUGUUCGCCCAGGCCGACGUGCCCGAGCACAUGAAGGCCGACGCGUCCUCCCUCGUCGAGCUCCUGGGCGGCCGGGAGCGCCCCGAGGCGGCGCGGAGCACCCGGUGGGAGCGGGACGCGCUGGCGGCCUCGCUGGGGCUGGCGGUCGGCACCGCCGUGGAAGGAGUGGUGCAGAGGAUCUCUCACCGUGCCAUCUUUGUCGACAUCGGGCGGUGCUGCAAGGCCACGCUCGACGUGAACCACGCACGGCGCCAGGGUCUUCUGGACAGCCUGCGCGUGGGCAUGUCGCUGCAAGGCCUGGUGGUCGAGGAUUUGGAGUUCCAGGGCGAGUGGGGCCACGUGAGCCUGACCGCCUACUCCGCCGCCAUCGGUGCCCUGGGCAGUGAUGCCCUCACCGCGAGCGAGGCCGCCAAGCGGGAUCCGGCGACUGCGCUGGACGACCCCGAGGUGAUCUUCCGCGACAACAUGGCUGCAGCGGCGGCCAAGUCCCGGCGUUGGAAGGCUUCGGCUGCCGUUGCGGCCGCGGCCAAGGCGCCGCCGCCACCACCGCCGCCACUGUGCGAGACCGCCAAGCGGGAACUGGCGGCCUUGCCGGACGAUCCCGAGGUGCGACUGGCGGGCGAGGCCGGCGACGCCAGCGCAGCGCAGGCGCAGCAGGAGCGCGGGUUGCAGGACGCCCAGCCAGAGGGCGAGGGCGCCGUGUCUCGCCGCGGCAAGCGCUGGUGCGGGAAGCCGCUGGAGGCCCCGGAAGGCAGCGGAGCGCCAUCCGAGGUGGAGCCCGCGUCCGACGGCGCUCCUGACGCUGGGAGGCAUCUUGCCUCUGGGCGGCCUGGCGACCGGGCGCCGAGCGCGGGCGCCGAGGAUGUCGAGGAGUCGCGGGGUGCGGCGGGGAGCCAGGAGCGUGCUGCGGAGCGCGCCGAGGGAGGCGCGAGCCGGGCCGACGAGACGCCCGAGGGCGGGCGGCAGCGGCUCCUGCGCCAGCUGCUGGCCGAGGACGACGCGCUGCCCGCCCCGGAGGCGCCGGCGCAGGUGGCACCCGCGGGCGCCAGCGAGGGCGGGGCGCUGUGGAGAGGAGCGUGGCGCUGGUGGAAGGGCGCGCAGGCGUCCGGAGACCCCGCCUGGCCGGACGCAGGGGCCGCCGCGGGGGGCGCGGGCUGCCCAGGGCAGGGCCAGCGGCGCGCGGAUCUGGCGGCUGCGCCGGAGCCGCGCGCGGUGGCCUCGGGGUGGGCGCCCACGCUAAGGCGGCGUGUCGCCGCGCGGCUGCGGGCGGUGCCGCUGUUCAGCCCGAGCGCGGAAGCUGGGGGCACGGGGCAGCAGGACGCGGGCAGCAGUGCCAAGGACCCGGGGAAAGCGCUGGCCGUCGUGCAGGCGUGGGCGAUGCCGAGCACCCAGGACCCAGAGGACAUGCAGGUCAUCGCGAGCGGCGUGCAGACGAUGAUUCUAGACAGGGACCACGAGAAGGACCAGGAGGAGGAAAAGGACCACGAAGAGGACCAGGAGAGCAACGAGGAGCAGGCGGAGGACGAGGAGGACCUGGAGGAGAACCCCGAGGGCGCGGCUGCGGCGGCGGCCUGUCACGCGGGGUCCCUAGAGGUGGCGGCAGGAGAGGAGCAGCAGGAGGCGUCGGACGAGGACGCUUACUUCGCCUUCUGUGACCGCUGCGGCGCCGUGCACGUGGUGGACGUGGACGUCAUGUCGCUAGGCAUCGAGUUCUCGUGCGCGGAUGUGGGUGCCUCCUGCGACGACGACGCGCCGGGCACGAGCGCCAGCGGCGACAUGGGGCUGGCGAGCGGCGGCGACCUCCCCGUGGGCCCGAGCCCCCUCGGUCAUCUCAGCGCGGAGGAGAAGCGCGCCCUGGUCCAGCGCCACAUAGUCCAGCGCCAGGCGGAGCGCCUGCGCCCCCAGGACGUGCAGCACGGGCUGGCGCAGCUCUUCCGGGCCCAGAUGCCCAAGGAGAGGUACCGCGACAACCAGGUCGUGACUCACAAGGGCGAGCGCUUCAUCAAGAUAAAUCGAUCUCUCGAUCCAGGACCUGGCUGCGAGCUCGGCGGCAUCCUUGUACCGGUAGCGCUGGUGCGGCAGCAGGACAACGCAGUGCCAGCUUCGUUGCGGCAGCAUGGCCACGCGGUAUUUGUACGGCUGCAGGCGACUGGGUCUGGCGGGUACAAGUCGGGCUACACGUUCGAAAACAAGUGGUCGCAGCACACUGCCGAGACCUCGCAGAGGGCCGCGCCGAGGAAACUUGGGCAAUCCAAUAUCAUGAUACACCCGAGCGACAUCCAGCUGAGCGGACGGAUGGUGCGCGGCGGGCACGCGGAGGGCGAGGGCGCAGCCUGCAAUCAGUCGGAGGACCAGCUGGGGGUCGGCGACGGCGAGGGCGACGAGGAACAGGAGUCCGAGGACAAGUUCAAGGAGAUCUACGGGUACGCGGAAGGUGGCGGCGCCAUCCGAAAGGCUACCUGCGACACGGCGGUGAAGGAAGCGAAUGCGGCGGAGGAAGCGGACGGGGUGGUCGACACCAAGGAGCAGUUGAGGGAGGCGAAGGCCGCCAAGGCGAUGGCGCGGGUGAAGUGGGCGGCGGCGCUCUCCAAGGCUCGCGCGAGGCCGAAGGCGGAGGAGGUGGCGGCAGCAAAGGUCAAGGCAGAGGUGCACAAGCUGCAGGCGAAGUGCAAGGGCUGCUUGGCGGACGGCUUUCAGCACGCGGGGGAGCUCGACGUGCAGAUGGCCGCACGGCUCCGCGGCAGCAAAAAUGGCAUGCAGAAGCAGCUGCAGGCGGCCAACGAGGACAGGAAGCGCGUCCGCGGAGCCCUACGCGUGGUGGUCUGUAGGGUUGUGCGCUCGCGGGUUGCGGUGCUCGGCGGCUUCACCAGCGAGGCGGGCCACGCCGACAUGGGCAAGGCGGUCGGGCAUGAGGCCUGGCGCCGCAUCGAGGUCGCCGUGGAGGUUGCGAGCCGAAAGGGGUGGCGGUAUGGUGAAGUGCGCCAGCACAUCAAGGAGUGGGCCGAGGAGAUCCACCUGGGCAAGGGCGUGGAGGAGGCAAGGGGGGAAGACACCAUGGAGGGCUCCGAGGCCUCAGUGGGCUGCGUCGGCCUGGGGGACGGCGACCAGGUGCUCGUGGGGAGGAUGCCGUGCCGCCGCCUCGCGACGCUGCCGCUGGAGGCGAUCCUCCCCCUGCUCAUCCUGGAGUUCCUCGCCCUGGCCCUGCUGGUGCUGCGGAAAGCGGCGGCGGGCGCUCCUGCUGCCGUCGUGGUGGAGACGACGGAGGUCGACGUGGCGGCCGCGGGUGCGGCGGCUGGCUCUGCUGGCACCGGCCUCGCGCUCGUCCAGGUGGCGGGGGCUGCUGGCGUCGCGGACGCCGACGACGACUCCAUGUCCGACGACGCCUGGGCCGACGGCUUGCGGCGCUCGGCACCCGGCGCUGUCCCCUCGGGCGGCGCCGACGCGCGGGCUGGUGCUCUGGCGGCGCCUGCUGCGCCCUGCGAGCCUGUGUCUGCUGCUGCUGGUGCGGCGGCGGCUGCGGGCGGCGAGGAGUCGCUCGUGCGGAUCCUCGUGCUCGCGAGCGUGGAGCUUUCCCUCUCCCGCUCGUCGGCGUGGUACGCGUACUACGUCUGCCUUGACUGCAUCAUCGGCACGGACCGGUCCAGCUCGUUGAAGGUGCUGGCCACGCCCAGGGAGCGGACUGCGGCCUGGGGGUCCUUCUCUGCCGCGGCCGCCACCGCGCGGUGCAUCAGCUCGAUGCCGUUUGUGCGACCUGCGACGUACUGGUGCCACCCCACUGCUGCAGCAGUGGGCUCUUUGUGCGCGGUUGUAGCCGCCAUCGCUGCCAUCCGGCGCGGUGUUUCUCCGCAGGCCAGGGGCCGCACGCCGCCGGUCGGCUUGAGCAGCGGGGGCAAGCGUCCAGCAAGGCGCAGGCGGCGCCGCCGGGGGCGGCGGCGCGGCGCCAGCGACCGGCACUUCAGCGAAGAGGGCGGCAGGGCCGCGGGCCACGGCAGGGGGCCUGCGGCGGCCGCGGCGGCCCGGCCAGCCUCGCCCAGCACGAGGUCCGUUCUUGGCGGCGGCACCAUGCAGGCCAGAACCUUCGCGCGCGCCUCUGGCAGCGCCGCGAGUCCUUCCACGCUGCCCGCAGAGAUCCCGCCCGCAAGGCACGUGGGGUGCCAGAAAGUCGCUCCUGCGCUGCGGGCGCCAGAGGUCCCUCUUCGUCGUCCUGCCGGCAUGCAGCCGCGCAACCAGUCGUCUCCAUCGAGGUCGCUCCUGCCGCCCGCGUCGCAGGCCAGAGGAGAGGCGCGCAUCGCGGAGCUCAGCUGGGCGUUCCGCCACGAGGAAACACAGUUGGUGGGUUUCGAUGGCAACCUGGAAGAUCAUGACAACAGCUCUGCAGUGGAUUGGCACUCGAAGGUAACCAAGGCCAUGGGCCAGCUGCUCGCCUCAGUGGCCGCCAGAUUCGGCGGCGAGGAGCCGAUCCGGUCGUUGCCGAACACGGUAUGGAUGGCCCCAGUGUUGAACCCUGGCGGCUUCUCCAGCGAGGCCCUCGCCUACGCUCCAGCGCUGCAGGCCGCGUUCGCCAGGCAGGAGGGGGCGCCCUCGUUCGGCAUGCGGCAGUUCGCCGAGCAGCCCGACUACCAGUUCGUGCUCGGCCUGCCAAACGGCACGAAGGAGACCGUGCAGAGCCUGCUGACCAUGGGCCAGGGCGUCGGACAGUGGGACGUAGCAGUCUGCCACGCGACGCCCGACGUCUGGCUGGAGGACGGGGCCUUCGGCUGGGGCUCCGUGGAGCCAUGCCCGCCGCUCAACACGAGAUUCAGCAUCGGACGGGCCAUGUACGAGACCGACCGCUUGCCCGAGGCCUGGGUACCCCGCAUCAACGCCAUGGACGCGGUCUGGGUCCCGUCGGCCUUCGCGGUGGAGCAGUUCGCCUCCAGCGGCGUCGAGAGGAGGAAGAUCGUGGUGAUUCCCGAGGCCGUGGACACGGCGUUUUUCGACCCCAGCUUGCACGCCCCGCUGAAGAGCAAGGGUAUGGGCUCAUCCAGUUCCUCGGGCAAGCAGCGGUACCGCUUUUUGUCCGUCUUCAAGUGGGAGGCUCGCAAGGGCUGGGACGUGCUGCUGUCGGCCUACUUCCAGGAGUUUAGCAAGGACGACCCAGUGGUCCUGUACAUCAAGACCCAGGCGUUCCACACGUCCGAGGACUUCAAGGACGAGAUAGGCAGAUUCGUGAAGGGCAUGGGCGCCAAGGCAAGACGGCCCUUGGCCAGGUACAAGCUGAUAGCCCAGGACCUGCCGCUGGCCGAGCUGCCCCGGCUCUACCGCUCCGCGGACGCCCUGGUGCAGCCCUCGCGGGGCGAAGGCGCCAACCCGCCACAGGCCAUGGCCAUGGGCUUGCCAGUCAUCGCCACCAACUGGAGCGGCACUACGGAGUUCCUGCGCGACGGCUCGUCGCUGCCGCUGCGCAUCGACGGGCUGCGCGAGGUGGCCAAGGGGAAUGGGCCCGAGGGCCACAGGUGGGCACAGCCUUCGACGUCGCACUUGAGGUCGCUGAUGCGCUGGUGCGCCGAACACCCCUCGGAGGCCAGAGCCGUGGGCAGCCGGGCGCGCGAGGAGAUGGUCAAGCACUUCAGCCCCGAGGUGGUCGCGCGCCUCCACUUGCUGCCGCAGCUGGCGAGAAUAGCCAGCCAGCUAGAGACGACGGCCGCCGUCGCAGAGCAGCCGACCAUGCUCCGCGCCGCCAGCCUCCGGGAGACGCUCUGA